AUGGGCUCCGGGACGGGGAAGGUGGUGUGCGUCACCGGCGGCUCGGGCUACAUCGCCUCCUGGCUCGUCAAGUUCCUCCUCCAGCGCGGCUACACCGUCCGCGCCACCGUCAGGGACACCGCCGACCCCAAGAAAACAUUGCACCUGCAGGCCCUGGAUGGAGCCAAGGACAGGCUGCACUUGUUCAAAGCAAGCUUGUUGGAAGAAGGCUCUUUCGAUGCUGCCGUUGCCGGCUGCGAUUGUGUCUUCCACACGGCUUCUCCCUUUUAUCACAAUGUCAAGGAUCCCAAGGCUGAGUUACUUGACCCAGCUGUCGAUGGAACGCUCAAUGUUCUCCGUUCCUGCAAGAAAGCCUCUAUCAAGAGAGUGAUCGUAACCUCAUCCAUGGCUGCUGUUGCCUACAAUGGGAAGCCAAGGACUCCUGAUGUAGUGGUUGACGAGACAUGGUUUUCAAGUGCAGAAGUCUGCGAAAAGAAUAAUCAGCAAUGGUAUGUGCUAUCCAAGACCCUUGCCGAGGAGGCUGCAUGGAAGUACGCAAAUGAUAAUGGAUUAGAAAUAAUUACAAUAAACCCAACAAUGGUCAUCGGUCCCCUGUUGCAGCCUACACUGAAUACUAGCACAGAAGCAAUAUUGAAGUUUAUAAAUGGAUUAUCUUCUACAUACGCCAAUUUCUGCUUUGGAUGGAUAAACGUUAAAGAUGUUGCCCUGGCACAUAUCCUUGCAUAUGAAGUUCCUUCAGCAAACGGAAGAUAUUGUAUGGUUGAAAGAGUCAUUCACCACUCGGACCUUGUCAAGAUCAUUCACGAGAUGUAUCCUGAAUUUCCAGUGCCAGACAAGUGUGCAGAUGAUGCGCCGUUUGCCCCAAUCUACCAGGUAUCAAAGGACAAGAUAAGAAGUCUGGGCAUGGAGCUGACACCCCUGGAGACGAGCCUCAAGGAGACUAUCGAGAGCUUGAAAGAGAAAGGAUUUGUCACUUCUGAGUCGAGCCAUCUGUGA